CCGUCGCGAUCAAUGAGAUCUGGCAUAACACAGUACGAAAAGCAUAGCGGUCAGUCCGGAGACUCGAGGCCCAAUAUGUCACUUCUUCAACUUCCCACCGAAAUUCUACUGCAGAUCUUCGUUUACGUUGGAUCAUCGUAUAUUCUCUCCGAUUUAUCACGCCUCACGGUCUGUAGGCAGUGGUACGAAGUUGCCCGUAUCGCGUGCUUCCAAGAAGUCACCAUUACUCAGGAGACAGUCCAUCGCUUGAUGUCUUCUCCCUAUGCGGAAUCAAAUCUAGCCCUCGUCAAAGACUGCACUAAAACCCUGAACCUGGAUAUAUUUGGCCAUGGAGACUGGAGUUCUAUGUUCUUAUACAGUCAGACGAACGCAGAACUACAGCAAACCAGAACCGGGCGUCCCCCAUCUUGGAAUCCCGAAUUGGGCGAAGCCUGCAUCACAGGACUCAAUAACCAUCUCCUUCACCUCGCCAACGUAAUGAAACAAUCACGGAAACUGCGUAUCCUAAGCAUUGAAACUCUCUUUCACCUUCAUGGGCUAUCACCGAUAAGAUUCACUCCCUACCUUCGCUUUUCCACAAUCCACGCCUUCUUAUCAACCACCAACCUGACUAGCCUAAAUCUAGAUCUAUGCGCUGCUGAACUUCUACCGCAACCUAGCAGCGAUCAUCAUAUUUGUACGACCAUCGCCGCGCUCCUGGGGACGCUACGAUACCUGCGUCUGCGCAUGCGCAGUAUAUGCCCCGAAGUCCUAAAACCCCAACACCAUAUCACCAAACUCCAUCUGAACGAGGUCAUCAUCAACCUCAAUCUAUUCUGCAAGUUACCUCUAAUCGGCGUGCCAUACAAUUCCGAUUGCUGCGCUUCCUUCUCAGGCGACUACCUUGCACGGAACGCGGGUCUGGAGAAACAGGCCCAACUUCUUGCAGCACAGACCGCGAAUCCCAGGAUCAUAAGGAUACUGGCCCUUUCGUCCCUGCGUACGCCCCCACUCAUCGAAUUGCAAGUUUUUGAUGCCCUGACUGGCAGAUAUAUCUCAUCGCGUGAGGAACCGGAUGAAAUAUUCAACUCAUUUAAAAUUGAAUAUUCUGAUGCUGUUCGCGAGUUGAAGUGA